CUAGUAGUAGUCGCGCUCGUAAUCGUCGUCGUCGUCGUCGUCGUCGUCGUCGUACGGUCGUACUGUCGUUGUACCGUAGUACCGGCGGUAGUGGCGGCCGUUUCGGUUGUGCUGCUGGUCGUGGUAGUGGCGGUGGUGGUUUGUUGUCGUUGCUGCAGUUCUCUCGUCAUCGUCGUCGUGGCGAUAAUCUGCGCCGACCGCAGCAGCCGACUUUGCGCGCAGAAUGGAUUGAUAAUGAAGACUGUGUGCCAACAUGUCAGUUACUAUAUCUUCGCCAUUAUUUUUUCAUUGUGUCAAGCAAAUAACGAACUAAUAGGGCCAGCAUUUCGUCUAGUACCACCAUUCAACGUCCAGUUUUCAAACGAUACCGGUGCAAAAAUCGAUUGUACUGCAUUUGGGAACCCUACGCCACAAGUGCAAUGGUACCUAGAGGAUGGAACGAGGGUGAUGACAAUACCAAAAAUUAGAGUGGUACAUCAGAACGGUAGCUUGAUAUUUCUUAGUUUUGGCCCAAGUUCUUACAUGCAUGAUGUACAUAGCGCACAAUACAGAUGCAAGGCUAGUAAUGCAGUUGGUCAAAUUAUUAGUGGAGCAGUUCAUAUUAACGCUGUCAUGAAUCAAAACUAUGACGUCCAGGUUUAUGCCGAGUAUGUCAGUAUCGGAAAUACAGCGUUAUUACGAUGCCAUGUUUCUGCUCAUGCUUCUAGUUACGUAAUGGUAACGUCGUGGACACAGGAUGAUAUAAUUCACUUUUAUCCUAAUGUUGAUUCUGGUGGAAAAUAUCUUGUACUAGGAAAUGGUGAUUUAUACAUUAACGAUGUUGAUUCUAGCGAUGGAUUUAAAAGUUAUACUUGUAGAACUGUACAUAAGUUAACUGGUGAAACCAAGGCUAGUUCUUUUCCUGGUCAUAUCACAGUAAACGACCCUACUGGAAGUCAACGACCAAGAGUUGUUGUGGAAACCGAUAGUAGAAAACAGGUUAAAGUGGGAGACGACCUUACACUAUCUUGUUUAUCUCAAGGAUUUCCUAUACCAACUUAUAGAUGGUAUAGGGAAAAUGGAGACGUACUUAAAGCCUUAGCGCAUGAUCCCCGUUUAUCAGUACCCAUUCCUGGCCUUCUUAAAAUCGAAAAAAUUCGUUUAGACGAUGAUGGGAAAUAUGUUUGCAUAUCAAAUAAUAGCGUGGGUGAAGAAACAGUUCAUCAUAGCGUGUUUGUCACUGAGCCCCUUUCAGUUAACAUACUACCUCAAAAAGUAGUUGGUUCUUCACUCUUAGAUCCUGCAAAGUCUGUUCAGUUUGUAUGUACAGUCAAUGGCCAUCCAAUCAAUAGAAUUAUGUGGUAUAAAAAUGGACAACCCUUAAUGCAACUAAAUGGGAGAGUACGUUUGACAUCAUCACUUCAUAAGCAAACAUUGAUGUUAUCUCCCUUGAAUAAGGAUGAUCAAGGAAUGUACCAAUGUUUCGGAACUAAUGAUUGGGAUAUGGCUCAUGAUAACACUCAAUUGCUUCUUGGAGAUAUUGGACCUGAACUUGUUUAUUGGUUUACCGAGCAAACUUUACAACCGGGGCCAUCCUUAUCAUUAAAAUGUGUAGCAUCAGGGAAUCCUCUUCCACAGUUUACUUGGACUUUAGAUGGAUUUCCUAUACCAGAAUCGAAUAGAAUUUUGGUGGGCCAAUACGUGACUGCACAUGAUGAUGUUAUCGCUCAUGCCAAUAUAUCUUCAUUGAAAGUCGAAGAUGGUGGAGAGUACACGUGUACAGCACAUAAUGAAAUUGCACAUGUUUCACAUUCUUCUAGAAUAAAUGUUUAUGGAGUUCCUUUCGUUAGGGAAAUGCCUAGUGUUCAUGUUGUAGCCGGAAAACAACUUAUAGUUAAGUGUCCUGUAGCAGGUUAUCCGAUUGAAUCAAUUAAUUGGGAACGGGAUGGAUUAACAUUACCAGUUAAUCUUCGUCAAAAAGUCCACAGUAAUGGAACUCUUACAAUAGAACAAGUUCAACGACAGACAGAUGCUGGUACUUAUACUUGUCAAGCAAAAAAUCAUCAUGGUCAUUCUUCUAGAAGAGAUGUGGAAAUUCAAGUCUUAAUUCGACCGAAAAUUUUACCAAUUCCUCCCAUGACAAACCUUUUAGCUGAAGGUAUGCGUGCAGCAAUUUCAUGUCAGAUUGUAGAAGGGGACCUUCCUGUAAUGUUUACUUGGACAAAAGACAGUGAUGGUGUAAACAAUGGAUUAGGAGUGGGAACAGUUACAAGAAAUCAUGAUGAGUAUUCGUCAUCGUUAAUUAUAGAGCGUAUCACUGCUGAACAUGCAGGAAACUAUACGUGUAUAGCAACAAAUUCAGCAGGAGAAGAGAAAUUUACUGUACCACUAACAGUAAACGUUCCUCCAAAAUGGAUCGUUGAACCUGAAGACACAAAUGUGGUUAUGGGCUAUACGUGCAUGUUACACUGUCAGGCAGAAGGUUAUCCUACACCGACGGUGAUUUGGAGGAAAUCAUUUGGCGAUUCCAUAGGAGAAUAUAAGGACUUUUUAUAUGAGCCCAAUGUAAAUUUCUUUAGAAACGGAACUUUGGAGUUUUUACAUACUAGUAAAGCUAAUGAGGGGAAAUAUAUGUGCGAGGCCAAAAACGACAUUAGUCCUGGAUUGAGCAAAGUCAUACAAUUAAAAAUAAAUGCUCCGGUGAAGUUUAUACAAAAAACUAAACAAAUUCGGGUUAAGCUUAAUGAUGAUGCUCAUAUACAGUGUAUUGCUGUAGGAGAUAAACCAUUACAAAUAUCUUGGAAGGGAUCUACUAAUAUGCAAAUCUUAAAGGAUAUAGAUCGAAGGUUUACUAUAAGAGAACAAUCUAAAGACAAUGGAAUAAUGUCAGAGCUUGGAAUAUCGCCUGUAUAUAGACAUGAUACAGGUUUUUUUAAAUGUACCGGGAGUAAUAAUUUCGGAGAAGAUGAGAAUUCGGUUGAACUGAUAGUGCAAGAGACACCAGAAAGUCCAAAAGAUAUUAGAAUUUUGAAUCAACAAAGCCGGUCAAUGGAAAUAACAUGGAAUCAACCAUACGACGGAAACAGUGUUAUAUUAAAUUAUAUAGUCCAAUACAAAUUAGUUGCAUCUUUAUGGAUAACUGACCCGGCAAAAGUAAUUGUUGCUGGGACUCAAACCGUUACAACCGUCGAGGGAUUAACGCCGGCAACGUCUUACCAUAUUCGAGUCAUUGCAGAAAAUGCCAUGGGAUUUAGUGAACCCAGUGAUGAAGCACAAGCUUUUACACAAGAAGAAGUUCCCAGUAUGGCACCUCAAAAUAUUCGUGCUGAAGCUAAAAGCAAAACAGAACUUUUGAUAAUGUGGGAACCACCUCCGUCAGACUCUUGUAAUGGUAUUUUAAUUGGAUAUCACAUUGGAUACUUGCCGACGGAUGAUACACAAAAUCCUACGACACCAACGGUACCGCACAGCCGUUACAUUAUAAAAACUAUUAACAUAAAUUCUCAAUAUGGCGAAGACUUUGUCAUUAGUGGUCUAAUACCGUACACGACGUAUUCGAUUGUAGUACAAGCUUUUAACAGCAGAGGAACUGGGCCGUUUUCGAAGCCUAUUACAGUGCAGACUGACGAAGGAAUACCAACAAUGCCACCAGAAAAACUGACGUGUAGAUCUUUAACAUCACAAAGCAUUCAAGUAUCGUGGGAUUUACCUCUGCCGACGGGGCGCAAUGGUAAAAUACAAGGUUUCAAAGUAUCGUAUCAACCAGCGGAAGACUGGUAUGAAAAAAAUGAAUUUGAAACGAAAAUUACUACUAUACAAUACACAACAAUCCAAGCUUUAUUGAAAUACACAAACUAUAGCAUAUCAGUAUUUGCAUUUACGAGUAAAGGAGAUGGGGUUCAAAGUGAUCCAAUUUACUGCAAAACUGAAGAAGAUACCCCUUCAGUACCAGCAGAUAUCAAAGCAGUCAUAAGCUCUAUAAAAACCAUUGUUGUAUCUUGGCUCCCACCAAUUCGUCCAAAUGGGAGGCUGACUGGUUAUAUUUUAUACAUAUCAAUUUUAAGCGGUCAUAAAGAUUCGAAACCAAUAAAAAAAAUACUCAGCCCAUCUAUUGAGGUUUUUGAAGCAUCAAGAAUCAUUGAUAGUGCAAAAUACCAGUUUUGGGUCAAAGCAUUAACUAAAGUUGGGGAAGGCGAGAGCACUAGAACAAUAACUGUAAUCCCAACGAUUAAAAUCUCCGCUCAAAUAGUAUCAUUCAGUCAAGUUUUGAUUAUGCGAUGGAAGAAAAAUGUAACAUUAAGCUGUAAAAGAGUAGGUAUACCGUAUCCUCAACCAAUAUGGACAAAAGGUGGACGAUCAAUCAUUUCGAGUGGGAGAUAUCAGAUAAACAAAGAUGGGUCGUUGAUUAUACACGAUAUACAACACUCAGACAGAGGAAACUAUACGUGUGCUGUGGAGAAUACACACGGGAAAGAUGAAAUUUCAUACGCAGUUAACGUUAGAGUACCGCCAUCACCUCCAAAGUUAACUGUCUAUUUAGAAGAAACCGAUAGUUUACAACUGAAGUGGGCGGAUACAGCUGAACCAGAUAUACCAAUAUUAGGUUACAUAAUCAAUUUUAAACGUGAACAUGGUGAUUGGGAAGAAAUCCAUAUUGAUGCAAAGACACAUUUUCAUAUAUUACAAAAAUUACUUUGUGGCACAAGGUAUCAAUUGUAUAUAACUGCUUACAACAAAAUUGGAACGGGUCUACCAUGUGACAUUUUAACAUCAUAUACUAAAGGCUCGGUGCCUAUUCCACCCGAAUCACCAACUGAAGCAAUAACAUAUAAUAGCUCAACAGUGAGUGCUUGGUUUGAUCUGUGGGGAAGUGGAGGAUGUGAUAUAUUAUAUUAUACAAUUGAAUGGAAACAACCAAAAUCUGAUGAGUGGAUUUUAAGUGAUGGCGGUAAACCUGUAGCUCCAAUAGAGCGUAUGUAUACUGUUGAAGGUCUUGAGCCGGCAACUAAAUAUCAAUUGAAAGUUAUUGCACACAAUAAUAUUGGGUCAUCGUAUGCAUUGUAUAACUUCACCACGCUCACUAUUGAUGGAGCGACUGUUAUACCGUUUGAUUUAUAUACUGAAAUAGCAACUGAAGAAGCUUCAGUGUUUACAUCUAUCACAACUGCCAUUUCCUUGAUAAUAGCUUUAGUUGUUGUAUCAUCAAUCGCAGCAUUUACAUACUAUUAUAAAGUAAUGAAACGCUCAGAUGAAGAAUCGGUUAGAGAUCAAAGCCAACGGAGCCGUGAUCAACGAUAUUCAGUCAGGGGGCAAUCGCAACAAACCUUAAGUUGCGAUUCUGUAACAUUUAAAACCGAUUCAACUGAAUAUAUGGAUGAAAUUUGUCCGUAUGCAACGUUUGAACUUGCCAAACAACCACAAGGUGAAAGUACGUUUAGUGGUAAUAUUUACAGUGGUCCAUACCAUUCAGUUAGAGGUUCAUUUGUAUAUCAUCAACCAAAAGCAUCAACUUCCGAACCCUAUAAUUUUGUUCAAAGAAAAGAGCCAGAGUAUACAAAAGUCCGUCAAAAAGGAAGAAAACUUAGAGAUCCUCAUUCGGAAAGUCAAGAAUCAGACAAUUUAGGUAGUACAGAUUCUGAGGUAAAGCGGAUUCUAACUCUUCACCUACCUAUUUCAGAGUAUGACACUCAUGGUAGUGACUCUGACAAUGGUGAAGCACGACGAAAUCAAUCAGCAAGCCAAGAACUUGUUUCCUUUAGACACCGAAUGAGUAGAGAAGUGAGCAAUGAAGGCACCAGCUCUUCGUCAGAGACCUCAAUAGCCGAAGUUAGAAAACCAUCUGUAAUUCCUCCUCUACGGAAGCCUAAAUCAAAAAGCCAAAUAUUUACAAAAAGGUCACUGAAGAAUAACAGUGGGUUUUCAAGUCAUAAUGAUGAAAUUAAUUUUAGUGAGCGUUUAAAUCCUCCGGCUAGGUUUUCAGACUCUAGACCAAUGCGACAAAACGAGGGAAAUGAAUAUGAACGCCGCCCAAAAAUAUCAUCUCAUCAACGAAGAUCGCCUAGAAGACUUACACAAGAGACUUCAUUCCAAAUAGAUGUCUAGUCAAUUUAGUUAUAAAUACAACGCAACAUUAAUUUAUUUGUAUUUGACUAAAACAAUUUUUUCAAUUCCUACAUUUUGUACUUUUAUUUAUUAUUGUAAGACUCAAAAUAUAAUAUUUUUUACUUUAAUACCCAAUAAGUUUUAUACCUCUUAUUAAACAAAUCAAAAUUGAAGUUUAAUAAAUUUCACAAACAUUUUGAUCUGUAAGUUUAUCGAUAAAAUUAAUUAUUUAUAUAACCUAUUACAUUUCUAUAAAUAAUUUUAUAGUUAAAAAGUAAAUAUAUAAUUUUUAAUUAAUUAUAAAUCUAUUAACAUCUCCAUAAGUUGCUCAAAAUAAUUGAAUAUACAAUAUAAGUUUCUAUUCUUAGAAUCGACUACAACAUAAUAUUUUUGAGUUCUUCUUUACUGUUAAAAAUUUUUAAAUGUUAAUUCUAGAAUAUUAUUUAAACUAAAAAUUUCCUAGUAUAAAUAGUAAAUGCCUUAUACAGGGUGUAUCUUAUGUCAUUGUACUCGUGGUUUUUUUAAAUAAUUAUAUGGAUCGAUGACAUAGAAUUUCGUUAAAACGAAAAUAGACGUGUUCCUUUAUUUUUAACAGGCAAUUUUUUUAUAACAAUUUUUAAAUUUUAAACACGCAGGUGUACCAAUAGCAAAAUCAACUUUAUUGAACGUUAAUAAACUAGCGAACCAAAAUUGAUGAUUUGACUAUAAAAAUUUUCAGAAAACAAAGCUUUAACAGAAUCCAUUAAAAAAUACAGUAGUUACCCUUUGAAAAAAUAAAGUUAAUUUUGCUAUUGGUGCAAGUGCGUGUUGAAAAAUUUCGAAAUUGUUAUAAAAAAAAUUGCCCGUUAAAAAUAAAGAAAUACGUAUUUUUUCAUUUUAACGAAAUUCUAUGUCAUCGAUCCAUAAUCGUUAAAAACCCCCGCGUACAAUGACAUAUAAGAUACAUACUGUGUAUUUAAAGGACAGAGGUAUAUAUUAUGUAAACAGAAUCAUAAUAUUUUCCACCAAAACAUUUUGUUUAUUAGUUUUAUCGACGUUAAAAAGGCAACAAAAAAUCAUUUGUAAAGGUAAAUAAAUCCUAUACAUUGUCUUAGGUAUAUUCUAAGGAUGUUUUUCAAUCAUGUGUUACGGUCUUAAUAGAAUAUCAACCGGAAAGUUUAAGCUUAAAAUUGUACUACCGUAAUUGUCUACCACACACUAUAUACAUACAAUUAAAUACAUAAUAUUUGUAUAUUUAGUACCUAAUUCAUGUGUUAAACUAGUCAUAAAUGAUAAAUAAUAAUAACGAUUAAUGAUAGAUAUUAAAAUGUCAAAUUUGGAUUAUUCACUUUAAAAUUUCCGUAAUGCAUGUAAGCAUGUUGUGUAAGAGAUUUCGUGUAGGGACAAUAUAAUAUGAAGUAGGUACGAUAUAUGUUUUUGUUUUUUUUUUUAUAAUAUUCUUUAAUUAUUAAAAUAUGUAUUAUGGUUAUGCUGUUGUUAUUUAAGCAAACAGAAAAUAGUUUUAGACAAGGCUGGGCAUUAACGAGUUAAAAAGUUAAUUUAAUUUUUAAUUUUUAACUUAACAUGUUACUUUUGGCUUUUCAUUAACUUAACUGUUAACUUACUAAAUUUAUUUUUUAGCUAACGUGAAAUUAACGAAUUAAUUUUUCAUUUUAAAAAGUAAGUUAAGUUAAUUUAUUUUGUUUUUAAUUUAAUUAUAUUUCACUAUUUCAGUCUAUUUCGUUUUCACGUCAAAAAAUAAUGAUAAAAUUGCCCAGCCUUGGUUUUAGAGGUAGAAAACUAAAUUAAAGAGUUAACUGUUAAUUGGUUCUGUCAUAAAAAACAGCGAAGUGCACAGUAAUAAUAUGAAUUAUAUUACAACUGCAGUAUUCGUAUAUUAAAUUAUAUCAUAAGAAAUUCAAUAAAUAUGUGUAUUUUAUGAUUAUUUUAACGUAACUUACGUAACUGGUACCUUAUACACAUUAUUAUAUUGUUGUAGUGUUUACAAAUAUGGUAUGAAUGUUAUUUGGAUCAAACAGUUUUUAUACCUAUAGGCUAUAAAGUAUAAAUAUUAUUUAGUAGGUAUGUUUAUACACUAUGAUAUAAUAUAUAAUAAAUCAUUUACUUAUAUUGUACAAGUUUAGUACUUAGAUAAAUAUAAAUUCCAUUAAUAUUAUUUCCAGUUAAAAAUUAUAAUAUUAUUAAAAUGUUAAUUAUGUAUAUUCUGUUGUGAUUUUUUAUUUUAUAACGACGUUUGUAUUGAUAGAAAAAUGGUUUAUGUAGAAGACUUUAAUAAAAGGAUUUUUUUUUAUCAUUUUUUGUAUAUAAUAAAGUUGGUUAUAC